CAAGAGGAGGCGCAGGGGCUGGCGGGGUGCUGAUGCGGGACGGCGCAGGACGAUGCGCAAUUUAAAGUCCGCGAGCCUCUCACUGCUUUCGACAAAUAUCACUGUUUUGCUGCUUGUAUUUUGAAGGCAGCUUUAAUAUAUUAACAACCUGUCAACCAUUAAAAGCAGGUUUGAAAGGAAGAUACGUGAAUGAAGCAGUUGGUUUUGUAAUUGAGAUUGACCGCAAGAAUGGACGGCUGCAAAUAAUCAAUUGAUUUUUCCGGCAAUUACAAUGGUCUGCAGGGGAUAAUUUAAGACAAACAAACAAACAAAAAAAACAAAAAGGCAUUUUUUGGAAGCCGAUAUUAUAAUUAUUUUCGGACACUGUCGAAAGUUUAUCCGGCUAUUUUUUACAUUUCGGCUGCGGGGGCAGGUGGAGCGCGAUGGCGGACGCGGCCGAGUGCGGGAUUCGGGUGAUGUGCCGCUUCAGACCGCUGAACGAGGCCGAGGUGUCGCGCGGGGACCGGUUCAUCCCGCAGUUCAAGGAGGAGGACACGGUGGUGGUGACGGGCAAGCCGUAUGUUUUUGACAGAGUCCUGACCCCCAACACCACCCAGGAACAGGUGUACAAUGCCUGUGCCAAGCAGAUUGUCAGAGAUGUCCUUGCUGGGUACAAUGGGACGAUCUUCGCCUACGGGCAGACCUCUUCAGGGAAGACUCACACUAUGGAGGGCAAGCUUCAUGAUCCUGAAUUGAUGGGCAUUAUCCCCCGCAUUGCACAUGACAUCUUUGACCACAUCUACUCCAUGGAUGAGAACCUGGAGUUCCACAUCAAGGUCUCCUACUUUGAAAUCUACUUGGACAAAAUACGAGACUUGUUAGAUGUUUCAAAGACCAACCUGGCUGUCCAUGAAGACAAAAACAGAGUUCCUUAUGUCAAGGGCUGUACAGAGAGGUUUGUGUCGAGCCCGGAAGAGGUGAUGGACGUCAUUGAUGAAGGCAAAGCAAAUCGACAUGUUGCUGUGACAAACAUGAACGAGCACAGCUCUCGGAGCCACAGCAUCUUUCUCAUCAACAUCAAGCAGGAGAACGUGGAGACAGAGAAGAAGCUUUCAGGGAAGCUGUACCUGGUUGACCUGGCUGGCAGUGAGAAGGUCAGCAAAACUGGGGCAGAAGGAGCUGUGUUGGACGAGGCUAAAAAUAUCAACAAGUCCCUCUCAGCACUUGGGAAUGUCAUCUCUGCUCUGGCUGAGGGAACUAAAACACAUGUACCAUAUAGGGACAGCAAGAUGACCCGAAUCCUGCAGGAUUCUCUAGGGGGAAACUGUAGGACUACCAUCAUCAUUUGCUGCUCCCCCUCAAUAUUCAACGAGGCUGAGACCAAGUCCACGCUUAUGUUUGGCCAGAGGGCCAAGACCAUCAAGAACACGGUGUCUGUGAAUCUGGAGCUAACUGCAGAGGAGUGGAAGAAGAAGUAUGAGAAGGAGAAGGACAAAAGCCGGAGCCUGAAGUUAGUCAUUCAGCGGUUGGAGAUAGAGCUCAACCGCUGGAGGAACGGUGAGGCUGUGCCGGAGGAGGAGCAGCUGAGCGCCAAGGAGCAGAAGAACCUGGAGCCAUGUGAUAACACACCCAUCAUUGACAACCUUGCCCCACCCAUUGGCUUGGUGUCUGCUGAGGAGAAGAACAAGUAUGAGGAGGACAUUGCCAACCUGUACAAGCAGUUGGAUGACAAGGAUGAUGAAAUCAACCAGCAAAGUCAGCUGGCAGAGAAGCUCAAACAGCAGAUGCUGGACCAGGAAGAGCUGCUGGCGUCGACACGGCGAGACUAUGAGAAGAUCCAGGAGGAGCUGUCACGGCUGCAGAUGGAGAAUGAGGCGGCAAAGGAGGAGGUGAAGGAGGUGUUGCAGGCUCUGGAGGAGCUGGCGGUGAACUAUGACCAGAAGAGUCAGGAGGUGGAGGACAAGAGCCGUGCCAAUGAGCUGCUGAGCGAGGAGCUAGCACAGAAGACUGUGAGUCUGCAGGCUGCACAAAGGGCACUCUCCCAGCUACAGGAGCUCAGUAGCCACCAGAAGAAGCGGGCUGCAGAAGUGCUAGGUCUGCUGCUUAAGGAUCUGGUUGAAAUAGGGGCCAUCAUCGGCACCAGUGACACAAAGGCGGUGACUGAGACGAAUGGUGUUAUCGAGGAGGAGUUCACCAUGGCCCGCCUUUACAUCAGCAAGAUGAAGUCGGAGGUGAAAUCCCUGGUGAACCGCAGCAAGCAGCUGGAGACCAACCAGGCUUAUACCAAUCACAAGAUGCAAGCCUAUGAGGAGGAUCUGGCAUCCUGUCAGCUGAUCAUCUCCCAGUAUCAGCUCAAGAUCAAGUCCUUGACGGAUUGCAUGCAGAGUGUGGAGCAGAAGAAAAGGCAGUUAGAAGAGAGCCAGGAUGCCCUGACCGAGGAGCUGGCCAAGCUGCAGGCGCAGGGUGAGACUCCCACACCGCAGAGGAUGUCUGUGAUGGACAAAGAGAAGGAGCAUCUGAGCCGAUUGCAGGAUGCUGAGGAGAUCAAGAAGGCCAUGGAGGAGCAAAUGGAGAGCCACCGUGAGGCCCACCAGAAGCAGUUGAGCCGCCUACGCGAUGAGAUUGAUGAGAAACAGCGCAUGUUGGAUGAGUUGAAGGAAUUUAACCAGGGAUUGCAGCUGGAGAAGACCAAGCUGAUGUCAGACUACGAGAAGCUCAAAUCGGAAGAGCAGGAGAAGGACAUGAAGCUGCAGAAACUCAUCAUGCUUAAUGAGAAGGAGGAGCAAGCCAAGCAGGACCUGAAAGGCCUGGAGGAGACGGUGGCCAGGGAGCUGCAGACUCUCCACAACCUCCGCAAGCUCUUUGUCCAGGACCUCACAACACGUGUCAAGAAGACUGCUGAGCUGGACUGUGAUGACAUAGGGGGCUGUGCUGCUCAGAAACAAAAGAUCUCAUUUCUGGAGAACAACUUGGAGCAGCUCACUAAGGUCCAUAAGCAGCUGGUGCGGGACAACGCAGACUUGCGCUGUGAACUGCCAAAACUGGAGAAGCGCUUGCGGGCCACAGCUGAGAGGGUCAAGGCCCUGGAGACAGCGCUGAAGGAGGCCAAAGAAAAUGCCAUGCGUGACCGCAAGCGCUAUCAACAGGACGUUGACCGCAUCAAGGAGGCUGUGAGGGCCAAAAACAUGGCCAGGAGGGCGCACACUGCACAGAUUGCCAAGCCCAUCCGCCCGGGUCAGCACCCAGCGUCCUCCCCAACAGUGACUCAGGCAAUCAGGGGAGGUGGAGGAGCCAUCCAACAAAACAAGUAGUAAGAAGAGGCAAUGGAGCUUUCACACAACUGUUAGUGUACAGACACUGCUGACCAUAGAAAGGAUGCAUAAGGCCCCUGUCCCCGCCUGAGACCCUGUGCCUGUGCCCCACCCCCAUGCCCUCUGCGGUGCCCCUCCUGCUGUCUCCCACAAGAUCUCCAUUACUGCCCUGAAUGUGAAGAAACCCGUCCUCAAUUGGACAAGUGCUCUUUCCACAUGCCGCUUUGCCCCAUACUCAUGCGCUGUCUCUGUAUUCCUGGAAGUUGUGCCCACUGCUGGAGGCAGCAUCACCAUCAUCCAGCACUGUUGCUAUCGCUUUCUCUGAUGCAAUAUUUUUUUUUUUUGAUGGUUGAGAAACAGGCUUUAUUAGCAUUUUAGCAGAGUCACAGCGAUGCCACGGAGCUUCGCACUGAGGAUGUCUAGAAUCCUUCUACUGAUGCAUAAAACAUCUACCAGGUGUUGUGGUUUGUGUCACUGAUCUAGCGGAAGCCAGCACAGCAGCACAUACAGCAAGGUAUGAGAAGCUGUCGGUGAGUUUUGAGAGACAGAUUUACGUUUCAUGUAGAGAUGGGUUUCCAAACCAGGUGAUCGUAGGGAUGUUAAUCCCUUAUGAAACUGGGAUGCUGGUAUCACUGGAAAACUGUGGAAGCUUGUUCCUUUAAUCAUCUUGGUAAAAUUUUGCACUUUGU